ACACUGAAGUCUUCUUCCUGCUUCGAGGUGAAGAACAAUAAAUACAGUGAGUUCACAAACUCUUACAAUAGACAGAAGGAAAUGGGAGGAGUACAACAUGACUGAGCUUUGGUAGGUCUUAUGUGUGUUUAUAACUGAAAAAGCCAUGAAGAUGAGCUUGGCAUGCAUUCUCAUUUUCAUUCAGCUCUUUGAAGACCUAUCCGACCACAGCCGUGGGGCUUUGGUUACAGCCAUGCUCACUGCUCCGUGAGGCUUCAAGCUCGCUAAAUGCUAAUGUUGACAUGCUAACAAUGACCAGACGUUUAUCAGGCAUAAUGUUGAGCAUGUUUGCCUGAUAAAUGAGGGCCUUUCUGUGUGGAGACGGCAUGUUCUCCCCAUGCGCCAGAGGAAAAACGUAUUCAGAGUUGAUCUUUAGGCAGCUGACAGAGAGCCAGUCACUGGAGCUCUCCUGUUCCCCUCAGCAGGAGCACAGCACUCUGAUAGGCCUCCACCUGUACCAUCGCAGUGCCCAGAGCCAGACGACCCUGCUGUCCAUGGCCAAGGGCAGCGGGCUGAGGGUCAACACGGGACACAGGGGGCGUCUGCAGCUCUGUGGAGGUCUGGACUCGCUGCAGGUCAAUGUGACCAUGAACCUUUUACAGCGCAGUGACACAGGACUCUACAUGUGGGAGCUGAGCUACAGAGUGGAGAACAGCUCUGACCGGUUCUUCCUCAGUGCUCCAAAGGUUUUCUUGUUGGUUGAAGGGACAGGGAGGUCAUGCCAGUGUUCUCCCAGUUACCCUUCUUUGCUCCUGACCAUCUUUACAGUAGCGGGGCUUCUUCUACUCACACUCAGCUGGCUGGCCAUAGAGAAAUGUGUGAAGGCGAGGCAUCAUCACAGACAGCAACCUCCAGUUCCUAUCUAUGAGGAGAUGACCAGGAAGCAGCAAAGUAUGGGAACCCCCCAAAAUAACCCUAAGGCCCCCUCACACCUGGAGGAAGUCAACUUCCCGGUGUACGCUAACCCCAACAUCCGACAACCACAGGACAAAUACUACGCCUGUCCCAGACAGCUCGCCCUCAGAGCCUGACGUGCAGCAAACAUUUACAGGAAAUGACACCAGCUCUACUGCAGAAACACAACACAUGAGCGUGAGGAGACUCAUCCAGGACAUGCACAAAUAUAUUGGUUUCGUGGAACAAACAAACAUUUUUAACAGCCAAGAAAAAAUGCUAUUUUAUUAAUAUUUGAAAGAAGCUCCAUAGUUCAUGAAAACGUUUGUUUCGGUGCAUGUCAUUUAACAAUCACAUUCUAUGAGGAAAAAGAGAUAUACAGAGAGAAAAAAAUAAAACAUUACAAGCCACUGACUUUUCAUUAAAUCUCAGUACAAACAUUUUUACUUAUUAAAAAAAAAAAAAAAAAA